ACUGGCCAACAAACAGGACCAGGAGGGAGCGCUGGCCGAAGCAGACAUCAUAGAGAAUCUGUCGCUGGAGAAGCUCGUCAAYGAGAACAAGUGUCUCUGUCAAAUCGAGCCCUGCUCUGCUGUGUUAGGCUGUGGAAAAAAGCUGGACAAGUCCAUCAAGAAGGGCCUGAACUGGCUCCUCAGCAACAUCGCCAAGGACUACGAGGCCAUCGCUGAGCGCGUGCAGAAGGACACGGCCGAGCAGCGUGCUCUGGAGGAGCAGGACAAGAAGGAGAGGGCGGAGAGGGUGCGGCGGAUAAGAGAGGAGAGAGAUCGGCUGGAGCGAGAGGAGGCUGAACGAGAAGGCAGGCCGGUCCAAGAGGACGAAGGCAACGAUGAGAACAUACAAAGUCCCUUCCAGCCCAUCCAAAACGUGAUUUCUAAGAAUGAGGGACAAGAAAAGGAGAGGAAGAAGCAGGAAGAUCAGCAGGAGGACAGCAGGACAGCAGGGUUGGAACAGGAGGACGAGGAGGACAACGAUCAAGAACCAGACGUCACGAGCCAAACUCCUGAAAACCCAGCUUCGACGGGCGGGCAAAGCAAAAAGAAAACUAACAAACUGCACCUGAAGAGGAAGCACAGGGUGGACCCUCUGAGGACAGACGACGGACCUGCAGAGAGUCCCAAACCGGCCCCUCCUCCAGUUGGAUGGGCCACGCCCAAAGUGUCUAGACUGCCCAAACUAGAGCCGCUCGGGGACUCGAGGCACUCCGAGUUUUACAAGAAACCUCUCCCGCCGCUGGCGAAUAAGCCGCGGCCAAACGGAGACGCUCAAGACGUCAUUUUUUAGGCCGACCCCUUAUGGCUGAGGUCAGCUCUCCACCAAUCACAGCUCUCUCUUGUGCUUUUUGUCUGAAGCGAGCGGCGUGUAGACAACCGAUCCGAACGGCGGCGGCGACCACGGAGGAGGAGCCGAGCGGCAACACAAAGUCCUGCUCAGAAGCUGUCGUUUGAUUUUUAAAAAACUGAUGCAAUUCAGCAUAAAAAGCUGUCUAUGUCCUAUUUUCACUCAACAAAAGCACUUUUAGUGCUGAACAUUUUUUAUUAUUACUAUUUUUUAUUCAUAAUAUCAGUAUUAAAACGUGUGGACUUCACGAGUCCAGCUGAAAUACUUUUAUUGAGAAAGAAUGUAAAUAAAACAUGUGUGUUUUUGUGUACUGAUCAUAUUUCUGCCAUAUAUUUUUGCACCUUGACAGUCAUUGUGCUUUAAAUGGGCUGUUUUUCAAGUCGAACAUUUCCUGUUACAGCAGCUGUCUUCACAGUUUAUACGUCCGAACACUACACUGUACAUAAAAACAAUGUCACUUUGCAUCAUAGUCGUUGGCUUUAGUAAUGUCUUGAUGUUUAAAUUGCAACACUGUAAAGCUGUCAUUGCAAUGAUGAGAGACUUUUAUGCAUUCUGCUGUUUACACUCUCGUACCUGUUAUUAAGGUGCCAUUUGCUCACUCACAAUACAACACUUUGUAUCGUAAAUGGGUGAAAUGUCACUUUAAAAACCACAUGAAUGCAUUUCAGAUCUGCAGUGCAACAUKCAGCCUCUUAUCAAUGAUCCAGAUGUUAAAAAAAAUAUUUUUUCUACUCGAUCUGAAUUUUAUAACAGCACAAUUAAAUAUGUUUUAAAUAUA